GAACGCUGCAAGGUCAAUUGCAUGCACGUGAGCUGCCGGCCUGCCACUGACAGACACCCGGCGGUGACCCGAGCAGAGACAUACGUGAGAAUAGGACCGCAUUUUGCAGAAGUUCACCGGUACGAGCUGCACUAAUAGGUGGUGUGAAACAUGGCCAGAGGAAGCCGCAGCCGCCCCCCAGCUCCAGCUAGCCCAGCUCCAUCUUAUGCUCCAGCUCCAGCUCAUCCGCCUCCUGCCUCCCUGGCCCCGGCUCCUGCUCAGUCCCAGGGACCUGGUAUCAUGGCCCAGAUAGCUACUACAGCUGCAGGGGUGGCCGUAGGCUCGGCUGUGGGCCACGUUGUUGGCAGCGCUCUCACAGGAGCUUUCAGUGGCAGUGGCAGCAGCAGUCAAGAGCCCGCCAAGUCCUCGUACCAGGACCCUCCCCGGCCUGCUCCAGCCCAGCCAGCCCCCUGUCACUUUGAGGUCAAACAGUUUCUGGACUGUGCCAGCAACCAAACUGACCUGACUUUAUGUGAGGGUUUCAACGAGGCACUCAAACAGUGCAAGCACUCCCACGGUGUGACUUCACUGGUGUGAAGGACGGAUGUCAGCUGCCAUGACCAACAGAUUUUAGUCAUGAGAGAUGCCACAUAAACACACCCACCCUAACACACACACAAACACACAUCUGAAUGCUGCUCCUCAGGCCAUCAGCAUGGUGGUUCUGUUUGUUUUGUUGAUCGAAGUGAAAUAUUUUUACAUAAUGGACAGUGACCUAGAUUUAAUAAACAGAUGUUAUCUAUUUCUGUUAA